AUGGUUUCGUUUGACGCCUGCGUUUGGCCCAGCAAUUCUGCUUUGGUGACGCAGGGCUUGCAGACUGCGAUUUCGCUGUUGUCCAUGAGCCAACGAAAUGGCAUGCAUCUCCAGAUGCCAUUGUCCCAGGCCCAAACAAAAAUUGAGCCUGUUCUCAAGCACAGAAGGUUGCUGGAAGAUACGCUAGUGGCAGGUGGCAUGGACAUUUCCUGCUAUGUCACCUUGAGCUUCGACAAAACGCAGUGCCACGCUGGCGACAAGCGUAAAGGCUCCCACCCCUGCUUGUUCGUGUCAGCCAGCAGCGAGAACAACGAGUGGUCUGAAAGCGCAGCUGCUCAAACCGGCUCCAUUGGACCAGUCCCACUCAUUCGGAUGAACGAAAUGAUCGGAUAUGACCCGGACUUGAAAUGGGGACCUGCGUUGCGAAUUGGGAUCAAGGUUCACACAGAGAUCGUGAAUCAGUACUUGAAGGGCAUGGAUUUCAACGAUGAAGAUGUAGUAGUGUGGGCCGACAUCAUGCCAAACAGGCAUGCGGAGUUUGCCCGUGCGAUCCUUGGCAGGCAGCUGGAAGGCAACAGUCGCCGACCUCCUAUCCAUUACGUUGGAUGCCUCCGUGAGCCUGAUCAAGCAGAUGUCGCCACGGCUUUGGAAGCCAUGGUUUACGAGCACUGGAACAACUCCCCGACUUCACCUCCCAAAUCCCGGCCAUCCGAACCUGUCCCAGAGCCAUCGCUGUCAAUCCUCGCUUGGUCAGAUCAGAGUCCAUUGUUUCCAGAGUCCUUGUUGCAGAAAUUUGGGCCGGGCAAUCCAGCACACCAGGAAAUCCUGGCCAUGCAGGCUUCGUUGACCGCCGAGUUCCCGAACGCAACAGUGGCACGAAAACAAUCGCAGGGUUCCAACACGGUCUCAGUUCGCGGGGCCAGGGGUGCGAGUGGCAGGCCUGAUUACACGGUUGAUGGUGGAGCCAAGCCGCUCAACUUCGAGAGGACGAUAGAGAUGACGGAUCACAUCCCUGUCGAUUCCUUUACAGUUGAGAGGAAAGCUUAUGCUCCGGGUGGCCGUGGAAAACCUGCCGUGAUUGUUGGGGAAGACUUUUCCUUCUGGCUUGGGAACGAGACGAGUGAGGAGCUCUCGCUUGUGGCGUGUGAGAUUUGCGGAUUCAACGUUGGUCAAUUCGAGGAACGGCCAGUCGUGGGAUUGGGGGAAGCAGAGAAGAACGGCAUCCCGUUCAGGUUUGCUUCGGACCUUGCUUUGGUUUCGCACGAGAAGAAACUCAUGAGCAUUGCAGAGUAUGCCCGCGUGUGCAGCACAGUGCACGGAGCUGGUGAUGAUGGGGAAGCCUUGCCAGUGCCCUACAGGCAGCACAAGCUUUCGACCAUUGGAGCAGCCUUUGUGGGUCACAUGCCGAAAGUGCCAAAGAACAAUGUCGCGAGCAUCAUUUGGGAGGUCCAGGACCUGAAGAAGCUUCAGGCGGAUCAUCAGCAAAUUCUGUGCCUGCACCUGCGGGCCCUGUUGAGCCUUCGCGUGGUCGUGAAUCUUCAGAAGCUCACCCACAAGGCGAGUGGAGCGGACCCAAGGCAAUUGGCCGACAGCACCUUCUACGUGGUGAUUCUGUGGAGUUCGUUCGCGAUGCAAUGGCCAGAUCCUCAUGUAGCCACUACUGAGGUUCCGAAUGAGGCGGUAGCCGAUGGUGAGACUGCUGAGCCUGUUGAAUGCGAGGUGCCGCCAGUCCCCGGUCUCACUGAUGUGGAAGACCCUGAAGAGGAAGAGCCUCGCGCAGAAGACCACGCCGUAGAGGAUGAAGAAGAUGCGCUGAUCGCCUGCCUAUAUCAGGCCUUCACACAGGAUUUUGCCGAACAGCUGCCGGACCAUGGCUCCCGUCGUGCCUACCACAUCUCAGCAGGUCCAGGUCGUGGAAAAUCUUCGCUAGCGAUUCGGGUGCUGCGGCAAUUUGUUUUGCUUUUAUUUGCACUUGGCCUUCUGUCCAUCGUUGUGCGCAUGUACAUGACUACCCUCUUGUUAUUCACGGUCUUGAUUGCUUGCGGUCAUACGGUACAUCCAUCCGUCCGCAAAGGAGUUCCUGGCACGGCGCAUGCCGAUACCUCCUCGCAACACCUACCAAAAGUACUGCGAGAUGAGUUAGCCGCAAAGAUCGGCCAAGCAGGUCUUCGAAUAGGUCAGGACAAAGACCACUAUGACCUCCUCUAUGCGCAAACGAUCGAGAUGCUGGAGCAGCAGCACCCAGACCUUCUGCGUAACAUCGAAGACCUGGAAGCCACGCUGGAGACAAGGAGAGAUAAGGUGUUGAACUGGUUGGAGGAAAGUACAAUUAAAAUAGACAUGGUUCCAGGAGAAGCACCUUGGCAGCUAGGCAAACACUCACGUCACCUACACACCUUGAAACAACAGAUGAGCAAAUCAGCAUUCGAGCUUGUGCCGGACGUCACGAACGAGGAGAUCAUUUCACUGUGUCUGUCCGCCAAGCAUGAAGUGCGCAAUUGUAGAGGAUAUUCACCCAACCAAUGGGCUUUUGGACAGAACUCUGAAAGAGUCUUUUCCUUUUUGGAUAUGUACCGCAACCUUCCGAGCAUGAACGAAAGCCAUCCCUCUUUUGAAGAAAACAUUGAGAAGGUGGCUAAAGCUCGAGAGAUUUUCAUUCAAUGUGACAGUGCAAAGCGCAUCAAACGAGCCGCAUUGCACCAGAGUCGUAGAAAUCAGCACUUUGAAGUGGGAACCCUCGUCUUCUACUACCGAAAAGGUAGAGGAAAGGGGGAACGGCCUCGAGGACAAUGGUAUGGACCCGGACGCGUUGUGUGUAUUGAGAAAACGACGGAGAGCGAAAGGGGUCGAGAAGGUUCAAUUGUUUGGAUCACGCAUGGAACUAGGCUGCUUAGAUGUGCACCUGAACAACUUCAAAGAGUAUCUAGAGAUUUGAAUGCGAUUGAUUUUGAGUUGAGAGAAAGCAACCAGCUUGAAGACUUGAUCAAAACGAAGAAACAAUACUUUGAUUUGAGAAACGAAGCUCCGGAUCUUGAAGUUGAAGUGCAUGAACGUGACGACCUUGCUUGGCGCGUAGAUCCUCAUCACCUUGAGUUUGAACAUGAUACUUCUCGUGGCCCGGAUCAAGCCUUGAAGAGACAGAAGCUCCUUGGGAAACAAUCGGUUGACCCUCGUGUGCUCGAUAGCAUUCAUGUCGAACCGGUCCGUGAAUCUCGACCUGAUGAAGAACUCCAGGACCUGAGCCUUACCAUCGGCAAGCACAAAGGGGAGAAGUUCCUCGACGUGUGGGAGAAAGACUACUCCUACGUGAAGUGGACGGUGGCCCAUGUGAACCCCACAGAGGGAUGGAAUCAUUGGCUCCAUUUCGUCGACCUGAUGGCCGAGAAGAUGAUGAAAGAGCAAGGAUCAGGGAGUCGAAAGACAACCAAAGCCGGAAAAGAGACGAAGACCGAAGGCUACAAGACCCCGAAGCCAAAAGAUUUCGCAAAAGCCAAAGCUCAGGCAUCCUCGAGCCUGAGUCGAACCCCUCCACCAAGUCACUUGGAAGAAAUCUUGUUUAACGCUCAGGAAACUAAGUGUAAUGGUGUGGAAAUCAUUUUGAAUUUGAGUGCUCGAGAUGUUCACCUCGAUCAUCGUGGCAAGGGUUGCUGGGUUGUGAACGCUAAAGCUAAGAGAGGAGCCGAAAUCCAGUUUAAACAAUUGUCUGAAAAGGAGAAACAGGAAUUCCUUCAGGCCAAAAAGAAGGAAGUUGAUAGCUAUAUUGAAAACAUGGCUGUUUCAAUUGCUCACUCUCAAGGGGGUGAUCCCCGUCGGAUUCUUGGAAUGCGAUGGGUUUUGGUUUGGAAAAACAUCACAGACGAAGACGGUGUGGUGACAGGUCAGAAGGCCAAGGCACGCUUGAUUGUCAAGGGUUUUGAAGACCCUGAUUUGCUCAAAGUUCCGAGGGACGCUCCCACACUUUCAGUGUUAGGAAGAAAUCUCAUUUUGAGCAUUUGUUCCAUGAGAAACUGGAAGUUAUCUUUAGGGGACAUCGAAACUGCCUUCUUGAAUUCCGAUCCCACUGAAGAGAGCAGGGAAAUCUAUAGUGACCCACCUAAGGACGUGAAAGACAUGUUGGGCAUGAAUGAAAAACAACUGUUCAGGAUUCGAAAGGCCCUUUAUGGACUUUUAAAUGUGCCUCGUAGGUGGAUGGAAAAACUAUCUCAGGAACUCAGGAAACUAGGUUGGAUUCCAUGCGCCCUGGACAAUUGCGUGUGGCGUCUUUUUGAUGGAGAUCGGCUGACCGGUGUCCUGGGCAUCCACAUGGACGACGUGGUAUGUGGUGGCGAAGGACACGUGUAUGAUGAAAGUAUAAAGAGAUUGCAAGCCGUUUUUCCUUUUGGCUCUUGGAAAGAACCCAACAAAGAAAAGGUUGUUUUCUGUGGGUGCGAACUGAGUCAAGAUCAAAACGGGAUUCAAUUGAAACAAGAAAGAUAUGCACUUGGGAUCAAUGAAAUCAAUCUUAGCAAAGAACGAAAGCAAUCUCUAGAAGAUGAUGCUAGUCCAGAUGAGAAGAAGGCUCUUCGAGGACUUUUGGGCAGAGAACCUCCACCAUGGAAGAAGAGAGCCACCCGCGGCAAGGGAGCCAAGCGUGAUCCAACCGGACGUGUGCUGGCUGGACCGACUGUUGUCCCUCUCAAUGCCCCAGAGGAAUACGAUCAGAUGGAAGAAGAACGAGAGCAGAGGGAUGACGAACGUCAAGAACAACAUCUGAGAGCCGCCGCUUUUCUCCAUUCGGGUGCUGCAUCAAACUACACCCCUUCUGUGCCAGAACAUCUAAUUGAUGAAGGAUCUGGCAAACGUCCGGACCCCACUGGGGAAGAGCCAGGAGAAGAGGAAAAGGAUUCGGAUGUGGUGAUCGAGCGAGGAUUCCAGGCCUCGUGA